AUGUGGCUUUCUGUGUUUUCCUCAUUUAUAUUACUGCGUUACGGUUGGACGCAACCAGCUCAACUGAUUCCUACAGUUGAUCCAAAUCACUUCGGUGCCGAUGGGAAUCCUUGUUAUGAUCGCGAAACGUUAGCACCGCAGCGAUGUGUACCCGACUUCAUCAACGCUGCCUUUAACCUCGAAGUUGAGGUGACGAACACAUGUGGUGUAAAGCAUCCCACAAAAUUUUGUGUUCAAUCAGGUCACUCAGCUGCGCGAAGUGUAUGCGAUACUUGCGAUGCCAGACAUCCAGCUUUUGAGCAUCCAGCCCGUUAUCUCACUGAUUUUAAUAAUGCUAAUAAUGAGACGUGGUGGCAGUCAGAGACUAUGAACGAGGGCAUGCAAUAUCCAAACAGCGUUAACCUUACACUCACACUUGGUAAAACCUUUGAUAUUACCUAUGUCCGACUGAAAUUCAUCUCACCAAGACCGGAAUCUUUUGCUAUCUUUAAAAAGACAUCAUUAGAUGAUGAAUGGGUACCCUGGCAGUAUUACUCUGGAUCCUGCCGUGCUACAUAUGGCCUUCCGGACAAGGCUCCUAUACUUCCUGGUAACGAAGCUGUUGCUCAGUGUACAAAGGAGUUUUCCGAUAUUUCACCAAUCACUGGAGGAAAUAUUGCGUUUUCAACUCUUGAAGGUAGGCCGUCGGCCCAUGCUUUUGAAGACAGUGAAGUUUUACAGCAAUGGGUAACUGCUUCGGCCAUCAAAAUUGUCCUGAACAGAAUGAACACCUUCGGAGAUGAAGUGUUCGGUGAUCCACAAGUUCUUCGAAGUUACUUCUAUGCCAUCUCCGAUUUUGCUGUUGGAGGAAGGUGUAAAUGUAAUGGCCAUGCAUCGGAAUGUGUUCGAUCAUCAAGCGUGGACGGUGAGAACAGGCUGGUUUGUCGCUGCGAACACAAUACUCAAGGUGCUGAUUGCGACCAGUGUUUACCUUUCUACAAUGAUCGUCCAUGGCGCCCUGGAACAGCUAAUGAGGCGAACGAGUGCAUUGCUUGUAACUGCUCUCAACUGUCAAAUCGCUGCUUCUUUGACCAAGAACUAUUCGAAACCACUGGCCAUGGAGGACACUGCAUCGAUUGUCAAGGCAAUACACAUGGGGUCCACUGCGAAAAUUGUGCCGCAAACCAUUGGCGUCGACAGGGUGAUAACUACUGCGUUCCGUGCGGUUGUAAUGAGGUGGGAUCACUCUCACAACAGUGUGAUAAUACUGGACAAUGCCAUUGUAAACCGGGAGUAGGUGGACGUUAUUGUGAUCAGUGCAAAGAUGGAUUUUUCGACUUUGGACCUAAUGGUUGCAAAGAUUGUGGUUGUGAGGUUGCUGGAUCGCAUGCCAAUCAUCCACAUUGUGAUGCUAUCACUGGUACGUGCCUUUGUAAAUCGAAUGUUGAGGGACGUCAGUGUAACAAAUGUAAGCCUGGAUACUUCGAUCUAUCUACGGAUAAUCAGUUUGGAUGUACUCCAUGCUUCUGCUAUGGUCAUUCAUCUAUUUGCGCUACGGCGCCUGGAUAUUACGCGAUGAAUAUCUCAUCCGAGUUUGAAACUGACAAAGAGAAAUGGUCAGCGCAAUCACAUCAUGGACUUCUGGAUGCCCAGUGGGCUGAACUGGACCAUGCAGUCGCGGCGUCAAGUGUUGACGAAGGACCCGUUCAUUUCCUGGCUCCGGAACAAUUCACCGGCGAUCAACGAAGCUCCUACAACCAAUUACUCACCUUCAACCUCCGAGUUACAAAACAAGGAGCUCGGCCAAGUGUCAAGGAUGUUGUUAUCGUUGGUGGUGAUGGUCAAGAAUUGUCGCUUCCAAUUUUUGCUCAGGAUAACCCAACUCCUGGACCCGAGAACCAGGCAUAUCGUUUCCGUAUCCAUGCGGAUCCACAAUUCCAAUGGCAUCCACGCCUAAAUGAACUGGACUUCAUCGGUAUUCUGUCAAACGUUACCGCUUUGAAAAUCCGAGGAACGUACUCCCAUCAAGAUGUUGGGUUUUUGUCGAAUGUUCACCUUGGUACCGCCGGACUAGCACCAUCGACUGAUCCACGACCUGCAAACUGGGUGGAACAUUGCGACUGCCUAAACGGUUUUGUCGGUCAAUUCUGUGAGUCUUGUGCUCCCGGAUAUCGACGUGAGCUAAAAUAUGGAGGACCAUUUAAUCGUUGCAUCAAAUGUGAUUGUCAUGGACAUUCGGAUAGUUGUGAUGCUGAAAGUGGAGCUUGUAUUUGUGAACAUAAUACAGCUGGCGAUACUUGUGAACGUUGUGCACGUGGAUAUUACGGUAAUGCCUUGACUGGUACGGAAGAGGACUGCACGAAAUGUCCAUGUCCAGAAGAUGGACCUUGUAUCCUCCACACUGAUGGUGAUGUGCUUUGUACGGAAUGUCCUCUGGGAUAUACUGGUCGUCGAUGCGACGAAUGCUCGGAUGGAUACUUUGGAAAUCCCAAAGAAGACAUUGCCUGCAAAGAAUGUGAGUGCUCCGGAAACAUUGAUCCGAACUCAAUUGGAAACUGUGACAAGGUCACUGGAGAGUGUAAGAAGUGCGUAUACAAUACCUAUGGAUUUAAUUGCGAAAAAUGCAAGCCAGGAUACUGGGGAGAUGCUCUUUUGGAGCCAAAAGGAGACUGUAAAGCUUGCAAUUGUUUCGCGCCCGGAACACGCCGUCCAAAUCAUGACUACACAGUACUGGAAUGUUCUCAGGAUAAUGGUCAAUGCGAUUGCUUACCUCAUAUCAUUGGAUUCCAUUGCGAUCAGCCAGAGCAUGGUUACUUCAACAUCAGUUCUGGAGUUGGUGCUCAACCAUGUGACUGUGAUCCUCUUGGAUCAGAAGACUCAACCUGCGAUGUUAACACUGGCGUUUGUAAAUGUAAACCUGGUGUAACAGGAAGACAAUGUGAUCAAUGUGCUCCAUAUCACUUUGGUUUCGGUCCAAAUGGUUGCCAACCAUGUGAUUGCGAAGUUAUUGGUAGUGAAAGCAGGCAAUGUGAUGUCAAUACUGGACAAUGCUUGUGUCGCGAUCAUAUCGAAGGUCGUCGCUGUGAUCAAUGCGUUGAGAAUCGGUACGACAUCAAGUCUGGAUGUCUUCCGUGUGACGAUUGUUACACGUUGAUUCAGACGAGAGUGAAUGCGUUCCGUGAAAGCGUUAAACUACUCGAUAACACACUUAAGGAGAUCAUUGAAAAUCCGGCACCGGUAAACGAUACUGCAUUCGACGACCGAGUGAAACAAGUUAGUAAGGACGUGCAGAAACUUGCCGAGACCGUGACACAAAAACUAGAAUCGGACGAUUCUGCCUUAGUGGGACAAGUUGCUCAACUAAGGAAAGAUAUAGCGGAUGCGCUUACGAACGUGAAGAGUGUGGAUGAAAUGAUGAAUGCGGCUCGUUCUAAAGUUGAACAAACAGAGGUUGGACUGCAAAGAUGGAGAAUUAUAAACGAACAAGCAAGGAAUGAGUUGGAGAACGCCCUUCAUUAUCUGGAAACUGAGGGCAAGACUCAAUGGGAACUGGCUAAGGAAGCAAGCAAAAAAUACGGUGAACAGAGUCAACAGAUGUCUAACCUCGCUCAAAAGACACGUGAAGAGGCGGAUAAGCAUGAGCAACAAUCGAAGGAGAUCGAGAAACUUGCCGAAGAGGCUAAUCUGAACGCGAAAAAAGCUCACAAAGAGGCUAGAGAUGCGAUUUAUGGAGGAGAACAAGUGUCUCAACAAAUUGCUGAAAUGAAGGAGCGACAAACUCAGCUGAACGAGACAUUGAGCAGGACAUUGGAGUUAGCAGAAGAGCAGAAAAAAGCAGCUGCUGAUGCCAAUCAAGCUGCAGCAGAGGCUCUUACCGCGGUGGAGAGCUUACGACUCCCGAAUUUCGAUCCUCAACAAUUGAAAGCUGAUGCAAAAGCGAUAAGCGAUGACGCUAAGGUGGCAAUUGAAAACACGAAGAAAGAAGCAGAGAAUAACCGUGAAGUUCUGGAACAGGCAGCUCGUGCCGCUGCUGAAGCCAGAAAUGAACUGCAAAGUGCUGAGGAUCAACAGCAGGUAUCCGAUUCUCUUCUUGCUGACGUUGAUGCGGCCAGAGCACGAGCUGAUGACGCUCUUAAAGUGGCUGAAAAUACGUUGAAAGAUGCUGAGCGAACCUUGGAAACAUUGAAUGAGUUCAAUGAGCGAGUCGAAAAAUCAAAGGCGGCUGCCGUGGAACAGCUCGGUAAAUUAACUGAGAUCGACGAAGCAAUAAAGAAAGCCGAACAGGUUACCACCGAAGCAGAAAAUGCCAUCGGAUCCGCUGCUGCCGACGCUGCUCAGGCCAAGGAUCUGGCACAACAGGCCGGCGAGGACGCUAAAGUUGUUAAUGAGAAAGCGAAUGCUUUCCAAAAUAUGACAUUACAAACACGAAAAUCGGCAGAAACAUUGAACGCUGACGUCGACCAACUAAUGGAAGAGUUAACGGAAACGAAUUCGACUCUGGAUAGCUACAAGACUCAAGCAGAGACCGAUAAACAAAUGGCAACAGAGGCAGUCCGGAAAGCAUCUCUGGCCGAGAAGGCAGCUCGCGAUGCGAAUGCUACGAUAGCCGGAGAAGCGGACCAGAUCAAAAAGAUUAUUGAUCGAUUGAAUGCUCUUGAGUCCGUCAACAACGCUGAACUGGAUGAGUUAGAAUCCGAACUUGACAGCCUGGACCAACUCUUAACACAAGCUGACAUCGAAAGUCAGGUUCCUCAGCAUAAAAUGUCGAAAACUGAAGAGGAUAGACGCAUAACACAAAUAAAGAAUGAAAUAGACUCUCUGUCAAAAGAGGUUCGAAAUUUGGAGGAAAUUCGUGAUGCAUUACCAACUAAGUGUUAUAACUUGGUGAAAUUGGAACAAGAAGGCCAGAAAUAA